CGCCGCCGCCACUCCUCCUCCUCCUCCUCCUGCUUGGUGGUGCUGCUGCAGCAGCCGCGGCGGAGGAGGCCCCGGCGAAGCGCAGGCAGGCAGGCAGGAUGGCGGGCCGCGCCGCGCUGCUGCUGCUGCCCCUGGCCCUGGCGUGCGCCUCCGCCGCCCCCUCCGCCUCCUCCUCGCCGGCCCCGGCCCCGGACGACCCGCUGGCCGCCCAGCUGGGCGACAUCUCCGCCUGCCAGGCGCGCUGCGCCCAGAGCCUCCCGCCGCCCGCCAAGGAUGCUGUUCUCAACGCCUGUUACCGCGGCUGCCGGCUGUUUUCGAUCUGUCAUUUUGUGGACCCCACUGCCGAAGUGAAUGCAACCAGAGCCGAGUGCGAAUCGGCCUGCUUGGAGGCUUAUGCCGGGGGCGAGGAGCAGUUUGGCUGCACAACUGGAUGCAGGACGCAGCUGCUGGAUGCGGAGAGCAGAGACGAAAAGAUCCCAGACCAGAAGCCGACCUCCUUCUCCGUCUUCGACCUGGUCUCCAAUUUUUGCAAUGAUAUUGUGAGUUCGGCGCAGAGUUUCAUCUCCUCUACGUGGACCUUCUACCUUCAGGCCGAUGAUGGGAAAGUGGUGGUAUUCCAGUCUCAGCCAGAGAUCGAGUACCCCAUUCCAGAAGUACAGGCCCCCAAAUCGGAAGUGUCGGAGAAGACCUGGACGGUUUCCAGCUCCAACACCCUGAACCCCCACGCAGGUCUUCGGGAGAAGCUGGAGAAGCCGCCUGUGGCAGAGCCCAAGAGUGGAGCCAAAGUCCAGGCCCCGGCAGAGAGUCAGCCGCUGCCCGAGCAUGACUUCCUGGGCUGCAUGUCCAACCAGUUUGAAGCAUCUGCUGCCCCCAUGUCCAGCCAUAAUCUCGCCGUCUCUCUUUGGCGGGGGGCAUCCGGGUGUUACAGGCGUUCGGGGCUGCCCCGCUGGAUCCUGGCCGCUUGUCUCUUCCUCUCCAUCAUGGUGAUGCUUUGGCUGAGUUGUGCCAGCCUCGUGACAGCUCCGGAUCAGCACGUCAAGACCCAGCCUUUGAGCAUCAACGGAGACAAGGAAUACUUGGAUGACCUCGAGGUCCCAACGCCGUAUUCCCUGCGCCCGGUGAUCGCCGUGGCCAUCUGCCCAGCUGAGGAGAAUGAGGAAGCCGGCCUCCUGCCCGUCAAAGUGGAUUUGGACAAGACUGCUCUCUAAGAACAACCCUCCCCGCAUUCAUCCCAUCAACUUCCCUCUUAUCUCACCCGCCCCUUUUGUCCUUUGAAUUAUCCCAUUCCACAUCCUCUCCACUCCACCGUCGCACAUCCGUCACCGGCUGUUUCAUCCAGGUCGGGUGUUUUGGAACCAGCUCUGAUCAGGCGGCUGCGCCCAAACCCCAGUUUUCACCAGCAGUGACAUCUUGGGUUUUGUGGGGCAGGGACGUGGGGGUGGCGAGAAACCCGUUUUAGAACAACACCGUGGUUACCUCCACAAAUUACAUCCCCCAAACAACCAGCCUAGGCCCGUCUCUGACGUCAGGUUCUGGAGACGGGCGUUGGCCCUUUCGUUGAUCUGGCAGAUAGGGGCUGGGUUUUCUGUCGCCCCAUCCGCUUUUCUGUGGGGAGGGUUGCAGCUCAGGUAGAGCUCUUGCUUUGCAGGCAGAAAGUCCCAGGUUAAGGCUCCGGUUAAAAGGAACAUGUAGUGGGGAAUCUCUUGAUAGCUGCUCCCAAUCAACCGAUACGGAGCUGGAUGGGCCAAUGGCCCGACUCGAUGUAAGUGGGACGAGGCUCUUUUGGUUUGCAAAGGAGAUUUCGUGUGUUUGCAGGACGUGUUUCGUAGCAAAUUGGAUCCUCUGAAACUUGUGCCCCAUGUCUCAGAGAGAGAGAGAGAUUGAGAGAGAGAGAGGUGAUUGAGAACGACUUUUCAAGACUUUGGCUUCUUGACUCUCAAAAAACCUGGUGAGAGGAGAGGUUCUUCUGGAAAACAAAAAUGGUUCCCCGACAGGGCACACAGAAACAGUGGAAUGGUUAUUUCCUUCUCUUCCAAAAAAAAAAAAAGGAAAAUGCCGUUCCAGUCAUGCUUUUACGUUUUUGUGGGUAAACAAGGAGGUUAUGACCUCUUUCUCUUUCUCUGACAGAAUGAUACUUCCGGGACUCAGACUAGCAUUGGUUCUUGCUGAGUGGGUUUAGGACUGUGAGCUCAGUCAAGGAAGGAGAACUGACUUCAGAACAUUAUUUCUCCCCUCUUCCGCACCCACUGCCCUGAUCUCUUUCUUCCCUUCUAAUCAGCCCUUCUAGGAAGCUCCACUGAGCCACAUAUAUGAGCGUCUCUGUUUUUCUGCAUGAGACUCUCAUUGAGGGAUGCCAAGCACCUCACAAACCCAGCACGUGGCCAUGGGAAGCACCUGAACUUCCCAUGUCUCCCGACACAUGGCCAUGGGAAUCACCCCAGCUUCCCAUGUCUCCCGACACUUGUCCAUGGGAACCAUACGUGCUUCAACUUGCUCUCCCAUCAGCUGAAGGGAUACCACGGCUGCAAACCUGUUUCAUAUCACUCGAGCCCGUGUUUUCUUGGGUUUAUUUCGUUUUGUUUUUGCACUGACGACCUGUGGGUUCACCAUCUCCUUUCCAGCCCGGUACUCCACUUGUGAUGUUAUAUAAGACCCUCCUGUGCCGAUCAGGUUGCUUGUACAUUCUGCCUAAUACCCGUUUCUCUGUACAUAGAUUUAACUUAUUCCCCCUGCUGUUCCUGCUCUAUAACAUUCUUGGUUAGCGAAGGAGAGAUCUGUUUAACACCGUGGAGGUCCAAGCUCCUCUACAGAGCUCCUCCGACGAUACUGAGAGGACGCUCGUCUGUUUUCGAUAACUUUUUACGAUCUUUCGAAGUGCUUAUCUCUGCAAUGUUUCUCGACAUAUCUGGUGUGGGUUGAGGGUCGGGGGUGGGGGGAAGGGAUGCAGAUUGUGGGGGGGGAUAUAUUUUAUGUAUCUUGGGGGGUUUCAUCUGUCUUAUCUCUUCAUUGGAGCUUUCGCAACGGAUCACCUGUGUGUGAAGCUAAGCUGCGUUUGUGCGUCUUUAGUUCUGACAGGCUCGUUCUUAAUUCCGUUUUAGCUACGUUCUCAGCCACCCCCACCGACUGCUGCCCCCUCUUUUUGGAGGGCUACGGAAGAAGAAGGCCUCGGUUGAACCGAGACGGGACAGGUUGGGAGGGCCUGAAUCUACUCUUAUCUGUAUUUAGCUGUAUCUCCUAAUAAUAAAACCUUUUUGUCUGUCCUGGAA